GGGGUUUCGUUUAGAGAACAUCUACUUCGUUUUUUUUCUCUCUCGAUUCCUUUUUCUGCGAUUUUGUUAGCGAAUCUGGACUUAUUCUGUAUUCAUUGAUAGUAAUUACUUUUUUUUGUAUGCUUAUUUUACUAUGAUUUGUGUUAAAUGAUACUAGUAUAUACUCUUUUACUCUAUGUAAAUGUUUUUCGGAAGUGGGUAUGAGUGAAUCUUCCUUUGUGUAUGGAGUUUCCAGUGAGUAACCAUAUGUAUGUUCAAAGUGCUCAAAGAUGAUGUCAAUUAUACACAUGUAACACCUCUGCUCUUCACUUACUACGCAUGUAGGCGUGCAUAUCCAUUUUGUAAAUAUUGCAGGGUCAGUGUGUCCUGAAAAAAAAAGAAUUAUGGAAAAAUCAGGAAAUAUAGUUAUAUAUACUAGAAGUUUUCGAUAUUUAAGCGCCUUGUUUUGACGCAGGAACAUCUACAAAGGAACCAUCUUCUAUGCAAUAAAAACCUCUAAUGCAAAGGCUGCCUACUUUCCUACCUGCUCUCCUAGUUGCAGAUGGGAACAGUUCCACAUCUCAUUCUCCAAAUCAUCUCAUUCAUUUCUUCAAUGCUAGCAUUGCUAUCCCACCCAAAUGGAAAGGGUGGGGAUGAUUUUGGCAUGCCAUGCUUGCCUCAAUAAUGUUAAGGGAUCUAGGUGUCAGACCAGUUCAUCAUGCCAUACCCACCUUCACUAAUGUUAAGGCGAUCAAUGAGUUAUAUCAUGCCAUGUCUUCCAUUUACUGAUCUCAUGCUGUGAUAUUGCUGAAGUAUGCUUAGCAAUGACUACUCAACUAUCUCCAUGAUCUUAGUUUGCCUCCACUAUCCAUCUUUGCUUUCAUCAGAACCUUCUCAUGUUUGCAGGAUUUGCUUUUGUUUACUUUGAGGAUGAACGUGAUGCUGAAGACGCCAUUCGCAAUCUUGAUAAUAUUACGUUUGGGCAUGACAGGCGCAGGUUGUCAGUUGAAUGGGCCAAGGGUGAACGUGGUAGGCAUCGUGAUGGGAGAGCUGCAAAUCAAAAGCCAACUAAGACCCUUUUUGUGAUAAACUUUGAUCCUGUGCGUACCAAAGUCCAUGACAUAGAAAAACAUUUUGAGCCUUAUGGGAAGCUUCUCAAUGUCCGCAUUCGAAGGAACUUUGCAUUUGUGCAAUUUGAGACUCAGGAGGAUGCAACAAAAGCUUUGGAAUGCACCCACAUGAGCAAGGUACUGGAUAGGGUUGUUUCUGUUGAGUAUGCACUGAGGGAUGAUGAUGAGAGGGGUGGAAUGCACGAGAGCCCCAGAAGACACUAUGGUAGGCGUGGAGACAGCCCUUACAGAAGGUCACCUAGUCCAGGAUUUCGAAGGAGCCGCCCAAGUCCUGAUUAUGGGCGUGACAGAAGCCCUGUUUAUGAUAGGUACGCUGGCCCAUCACAUGACCGGCGCAGGAGCCCUGAUUAUGGCAGACACCGAAGUAGGUCACCUGUUCGAAGAUCAAGAACCUGAUGGCGAGUGUAUAUGAGCUCAGCGUUUUAGGCAAUGAAGGAUAUAAGUUUAUACACUAGUGUAGGAGCUACACUACUGGUUCUGUAUCUUGAAUUGAAUGGAUCUCUUGCUCUGGAUUAUCUUAUUUACGUGCAUCUCUUGUAAUUUUGCUUGGUUUUGUGUAUGAAGCUUAUCUCUUUUAGAACUUUA